UAGCACAGCAGAUUGUUUUGGAUUUUUCUCGUAUGUGGAAAUAUGGAGUGAAAUUGACACCCAAAUGAAAAGUUUCAAUGCCUUGAGAGGAUUUUUUGUGCUUUUGAUAAGCAUCAUCUUCUACAUUGAUGAGUCAAGAGGCAGGGGGCUGUGGGUUCCCCGCAUGGGAAUGAUGCGCGUGCUGCGGCGCCCAAACAACCCCUUCCACUUGACCAUAGAGCCGCCUAUUUUGCUCACUAGAAAAAGGCUGCUCGACUCGAAGUCAUCUGAAGAGUCGUCCGAAAACACGGACGACGACGACUCGCCGGACACGCUUGAGUACAGCGACUACUGGGAGGAUCUAAAAGGUGAUUUCAAAGAUGGGAAUGACGAUCAUUACGAUUCGAACAACGCGCUGGAAGAUUUCAGCUCGGGCGAAGAUCCGGUCAUCACUUUACCUGAUCGUCAAGAGUUUUUUUCUUGAAUCUUUCAAUUUUUUAAUAAAUAAAAAUGAAUUAGAAAUAUU